GAGACGCGUCGCAUUCCAGCCUGGAGCGGUGCUGGGGGGAGGCGCGCGCCUCGCCCGUCGAGUAGCUGCUCUUGAAGAAGACCGUGGUAGCAACUUGGCGCGGGCGGCGGCGUGACGCUGCGACGGGAGCCAGGAAGCCGGCGCGAAGUGCUAAACGCAGUGGUCCCCGUACACCCUCUGCACUGGGGAACAGGAGCAGCCAAGAGGAGGAGGAAAGAGUUCUUGGAGCUGCUGCCAAGCAGGACUGGGCUGUCUGCUCUCUGCAACAAGGAUUUUCUUUGCUCUUUCUGUCCCGGUUUAUGGGAGUGAAGACUGAGCCAGAGAGGACUUGCUGCAAUGAUCGGAACAGUCUAAUCCUCUGACCUUUUUGUGAUGGAGCUGAAGGUCUGGGUAGAUGGGAUCCAGCGGGUCGUAUGUGGUGUCUCAGAUCAGACCACAUGCCAGGAGAUUGUCAUAGCAUUGGCACGUGCCAUUGGGCAAACAGGUCGGUAUGUUCUCAUCCAAAGACUACGUGAGAAAGAAAGGCAACUUCUCCCUCAUGAAUGCCCUGUAGAGUCUCUGGCCAAGUGUGGACAGUAUGCCAAUGAUGUGCAGUUCAUACUGCAGCGUACUGGCCCCAGCCUCACAGAGAGGCCUUCUUCGGAUAGUGCCCCCCAGAUACCUGAGAGGACGUUUGUCAGGGCUAGCCUGCCUAUCAAACCAAGGUCAGCCAGCACAGAAAUGCCCAGGCCUAGGCAGCCCAAGAAAUCCUUAACCUUUAAUCUGGGUCCUAUGAGCUCAAGUGAUUUGCUUGCAAAGAACAAGCUGAGGCAGUACAAAAAGGACCCAGUGAACUUGAGGGAUGGUGCCAAUGGGGGGUUUCUUUCCAAAGAGGAACUGUUCAAGACUGUAUUGCACCAACAGGAGCAUCUCUACGCCUUAGAGAUGAAGGGGGAUGACUUGGAAACGGAUCUCAGGCACUGGGAAUAUAGCAGCAGCUCCAGCCCAGAGGGGGAGAUUCUGCAUUUGGAGCAGUUAAUCCAGCAAAAUGAGAGUGAACUGAAUGAGGAAGAAUAUUGGCAGAGUGAACUGAAGUCAGAAAAGGAAUGUGAGAGGAAGCGGCAAGAGAAAGUGCGCAGCCUGCAGGCCACCAUGGAGGAGUACACACAAAAAAUCCAUGAGCUUACUCUCAAAACGGAGGCCUUGGAGAAAGAAAUCCAAUGGGAAAUUGCUGAGAGGGCCAAGAGGGCAAAGGAAGCGCCUAUUCAGAGCCCUGCUGAACUAGAGGAGAUGGCAGCCAUAAUGAAAAGGGACUUGGAUGCCAAGGUCAAGCAGAGUGUACAGUUGGAGAACAGUCUAGAAACUGUAGGGAAGGCUUUGGAGGAAGCAGAGCAAAGCCUUCAGACCCAGAACCAAGAACUGGAGGAGCUAAAUAAGGAGCUGAGGCAGUGUAACUUACAGCAGUUCAUUCAGCAGACGGGAGCCAUGGUGACUGUCUCUCAGCCCAGAUCAGAGGCGGAACCCCAGCUGGAUCAGACUAGCCAUGAGCUGCCAGCUCAUCAGAGAAAUGGAGACCUAUCCAAUCCCAGCACAGAUUCGCCUCCCAGAGCUACAGCCAAGCAAUUCCUCGGCAAUCCACGGAACCUUCAGAACCCCCUGGUGUCCAGCUUGAACCCUGAGGUCAUAUCAACAAGGCAGAGCAUCUGGAGGUAGAAAGGCCAGCCAAGGAGGACUGAUUGCCUUGCAAGUGUAACUAUAUAGAAAUAAAAUCCUAUUUCAUGUAUGUAUUUUGACUUAUUUUUUAUCAUGGAUGGAUGUAGAUGGUUGUGCAAAAAUAUUUUACAGACUUUUUUUUUUAAAGAUAGUUUAACCCAUUUGGAGUAAACAGAUCGGCUGUAUUUUUUUAAAAUGUGCUUUCUUAUAAUUAAACUGAAGAUGCUGUUUGUGGCUUCUCUGAAAAUGUA